AUGGACUACCAACAUUUUCCAAUAACUGACAAGGUGGCAGAAGUGAAGCAAAAGAAGCAGACCUUGCACAAGUCCACCUAUUUCAGGCGUGGACCUCGAUCAGUUGCUGCACAAGUCCUACAAGCCGCUGAUGCAAGUGUAAAGUGCCUGGCAGCAACCAUGGCUGAACUGGGCCUGUGGAGGAAGCAGCAUCCCAUGGCUGAAGUGCCUGCACAAGGCCAGAAUGAGGCACCGCCCACGGAGAAGCCUAAGGUUGUGAUGACACACCUGUGGGACAUGAUCAUCCUGUCCAAGAUGGCAGGCGGCUACAACAGCAAGACGUUCACCCAGGUGGAAAUCAAGCCUGGGAUGACUGGACACUGUGCAGGCAGGCUCUCAAUGACCUACCAGCCUGUGAAGCAUGAGCUGCUCAGGCACCGGAGGCACCCACUUCUCCAGCUUCAACCUCUUCAAGAAGCCUGCUUGGCCAAUAAAGGCACAGACUUCUCUAAAAAUUAA